AUGUGGUGUGGUGCCUUGUCGAUUGUGUGUCUCCUGUUCGGAAUAUCCGAGGCCCGCAAAGGAUUUGGUCCUGGCGAACAGGACUGGGGUUACGUGGACGUCCGCGAUGGGGCGCACAUGUUCUACUGGCUAUAUUACACCACUGCCAAUGUGAGCAGUUAUACUGAUCGACCGCUGGUUCUGUGGCUCCAGGGCGGACCUGGUGGCUCCUCCACAGCCCUGGGAAAUUUCCAGGAGCUGGGACCUGUGGACACGAAUGGCGAGCCGCGAGAGGGGAACUGGGUACAGUAUGUCAACGUGCUGUUCAUUGACAACCCUGUGGGAUCAGGGUUUAGCUAUGCGGAUAACACCAGUCUGCUGGUUACCAACAAUGAGGAGCUUAUCGACGACCUCAUUAGCUUCAUGUUGCACUUCUAUAAAUUGCACAAAGAGUUCAAGGACGUCCCUCUCCACAUUUUCUCGGAGAGUUAUGGUGGUAAAAUGGCCCCCGCCCUGGCCAUUCGACUGGAUGAAGCCAUGCGCGCCGGUGAGUUGGCGCAACCGGGAACUCUCAAGUCAGUGACUCUCGGCAAUCCCUGGAUAUCAACUCGGCACAUCAGCCGCGAGCACUCCAAGUAUUUGUUCGUCAAUGGUUUGAUCGACGAGGAUGGGGUGGCUGUUCUCGAUGCCCAGGAGGAACGAAUCUUGAGUGCUCUCAAGAAACACGAGUUUGAUAAGGCCACUGAUGAGUAUUUGAGGUGGUAUGAACUCAUGCAGCAACUGACUGGAGAGGUAUACCUUUACAAUACACAGACCCACGUGGAUGCUUCAGAGGAUAGAACCUACGGCUAUGGAGAAGAGUUUAUCCGCUUUAUAGAGAGAAAUGUGAGUGAAGCCCUGCAGAUCAAUGGCAGUGUCUAUGCGUCACAGGUUAUGGAAGUGUUGUCUAGCCUUCACGGAGAUCGCCUUAAAUCGGAAAUUAAUACGAUUCCGCGCCUGUUGAAUGAAACUUCCGUUAAGGUAAAUAUUUAUUCUGGCCAGUUGGACACUUUAGUGCCCACUACAGCCACAUUGGCUCUGAUCAAGGACUGGGCAUGGAAUAGCAAGUCGGAAUAUCUGGAGGCCAAUCGCACAACCAUCGUUAUCAAAGGCAUACUUCAGGGUUACGAAAAGGUCGGAGGCAACUUCGGGAUGUACUGGAUAAAUCGGUCGGGCCACAUGUCCCCUUCAGAUAAUCCAGUGGCCAUGCAGUAUGUCCUUCAAUCCGUUACGCAAUAUGACAGCUCUAAAACUGAAUAAUCUAAUAUGUAACAUAAGACACAUCGAAUAAAGCAUUUCUACCAUAUAGACGUCGUAUGCCAGAUGCCCACUUUCGGUAUUUUCUGCUGACGUCUUAACCAAG